AUGAUUCAAUCCAAUUCAAGAGAUGGUGAACCAUCAACAAUAACACCAACAACUAAUACCAUCAGCAGCAAUAAUAACAACAACAACUUGUCUAUGGAAUGGCUCAUUCGGAAAGAACAAGAGUUGAAACAAAAGGAAAAAGAAUUACAAGAACGAGAAGCAGCUGCUGAGAAGUUUGAAAAAGAACUUGAAAAGAAGAACGAUCAAUUACUUCUUCAAAUGAAAGAUCAAACCAAACGAAAGUUGGAUUUGGAUGAACGAGAACUACGAAUUUUAGAGAUUGAAGAAAAACUUGCAAAAUCAACCACCAUUGCCUCCCGAUUCAAACAGAAUGAGAUGGUAAAAUUAAAUGUUGGUGGUACUAUUUUUGCAACCACAUUGAAUUCGUUAUUGAGUGAGAAGGAUACGUUCUUUACAGCCUAUUUUAGUGAUUAUUUUACUCCCAAGGCGGAAGAACAUGAUCAUGCAUACUUUAUUGAUAGACCAAAUGCCAACUUUGAAUUGAUUUUAGAUCACUUUAGAGGUUCAAAUAUUCGAAAAAAGCUUGAAAUGUUAAACGAGAGGGAAUUAUUGGAAUUUGUUGACGAAGUUGUGUAUUAUCAAGUGACAAAUUACGAAAAUACAGGAGGAUAUUAUUUAAAGAUUGGUAAUGGACGUUUAUUUAGCCCAACCAAACGAAACAGUCCCUACAUUGGGGAACAAAUUCGUGAAAACUCGGUGGUGAAGGUAGUUUUGAAAGAAAACAAGAUUUCCUUCAUUGUGAACGAUAAAGCGUACGGCAAAGCAUUUGAUGUUCCUUCUCGUGAUAAUUUAUUCCCAGUGUUGCUGAUUCAAGAUGACGAUUGUGAAGUGGAGUUGCUUCCUUAA